GUGUGUGUGUGUGUGUGUGUGUGUAUCUCUGAUGGUCUUUUCUGCCGCUCAGGUUCUCCAGUCAAGCGAAGGUUGAGGAACAGUCACUGUCAGAGCCUCGACGUGUCUCUGCUCUCUCCCGACUCCUCCUACAUCUGCUACACCUCAGCGCACGGCAGCGAGCCCUGCUGCUGCCGCCGCUCGCCACGCCUCCUCACCAACGGAUACUAUGACGUGACCGAGGACAGCUUCUCCUGGGACGACGAGGGCAACGUGUCACUGACGCCCUGCAAAACCAGUGUCUCCUACAAGGAGAACCUGCACAGGGUUUUCCGGCGCAGGCGGCGACCUCGCAGCUCGCUGGUUCGCCUGCUGAGUGAUGUCACGGAGAGCUGCCAGUCGUGGCUCGAUGAGAAAGUCUUCAGAGGUGUUUUUGGGACAGUGAACAACUGGAACCAGAAGCAGGAAGUUGACCAGGACCAUGACCUGGACUGGUCCAGGAGCAGCCUUGAUGGUCCGGCCUGUCUGGAUGAGUCCUGGUCACCGCUCAACAGCACUGAGCUGGAGGAGAGCCACGCCUUCAUGUACGACUCCACUGAGGUCAUGACUCCUCCUGACAAAGAAGCCCCGCCUCCAAAUCUCCUGAUCCACGAGGAGAUUUGCUCUGAGAUCUGUCAGUCAAAGGAGCGUUUCACCCAGUCGCUGGGCAGCCUCUCCGAAGUCCCGCCUCCUUCACCUUUCUACACCAACACCUGCUGCUGUCAGGCGUCACCUGAGCCCACAGGGUUCACGAUGAAGGCCCUCCUCCUUCUCGUCUUCACCGUCUUCAUCUUCACAGCUCUGUACUCGGGGUGUCUGUGGUGGAGCGCGACUGUCACGUCGACCGUCUUCAUGAUGAUCACAACAUGUAUGCUCCUGACAAAGUCGGGCCCGCUGGGCGAGUGGAGGAGGGCGAAGACGGAGGACAUCACGUCGAGAAACGAGUGAGGAAACGCGUCUGGAGAACCUGAAGGAGGAGAAGGCGAAAAGGUCGGACGGGACUCAGCAGAAACGUUAGAUUCUGACUUUUAUUUCACUUUAUGUUUGCAUGUGAGGUGCACAAAAUAAUCUGAGCUCCAGAAAACAUUUUAGAGCAAACAUUUCUCCUUUUAAAACAAAAAUCACUCCUUAAAAGAGGUUUUUGUAUUCACAUUUUUAAAAAUGUGUCAUCUUUACGUUGAAAUGUACACGCAGAGCAGGAGGCUGCUUCGUGCUUUUAGUCAGAUUUAAGCCAUGAAAUGUCUUCUAGCUGAAAAAAGUUGUUAUUAAAGUGUUGGAGCUCAGUGGCACAUGUUAGUAGUUUAGCAGCUUAGAAAGCUAAAAACAUUCAUAUCAACUCAAAAUGUAGCCGAUGUAUUUUAGGAGUGUCUUCUUUCUUUGGUUUGUAGUUGAUCUUGGCUUUUUUGAGCGUUCCAAAGUGACCAAACGUCAGACGUUUAAUGUCUGCAAAACAUUUUCAGGGUUAAAG